GUGUUUUGUUCGUUGAUUUUUCGUGGUCGCAACGUCUGAGACAACCACUCGAACUGCGUGAGAGACCGACAAGCUGGGCAGCCAGAGCGAUUCUCGUGGAUUGUUUGAUUGCAGCACACGCCCAUACACAUGGAUGAUGGCGAGCGCACGGCCAAGCGUAUGCGCCUAGCCACGGUGGAUGACGCCCCAGCAUCCUUGGCAAGCAAACCGGCGCUCGUACGCAGCGGCACGUCCACCUCUUCUGGCGCCGGCGCCGCCGCUGCUGCUGCUGCUCCUCUGCCCAGUGGUGCUGGUGUGUCCAUGCCAGUCAACCAGCAGCAGCACACUGGCUUUGGAUCGCGCAAGAGCACACUCACGUUCGCCUCAUCAUCCGUGCCUCCUGCUCCUGCUCCUGCUCCUGCUCCUGCUCGUCCUGCCCAGUCGUCUGCCUUUGCCCGGCAUCUGCCUUCGUCUCGACCAGUCCAACUCCAACAACCGACCGUCCCUCCAUCCUCAUCCGUGUCCACAAGCAAGCCCACGGACAGCUUUGAUUUCACGCUGGACGAUGACGACGACUUUGAGCAGCUGGCAAUGUCGCUGCCCGUCAUCCUGCUUGACUCGCAGCCAAACUCAACGCCCGGUCAGGUUGUCAUUGUGAAGUCUGAAGUCGUUGAACCGAUGCCUGCACAUCGCUCAUCGAUGAAGGCUGGGGGUGACAUGACCGCACCAGCACCAGCACCAGCACCAGCACCAGCACCGCCCAGGAAAGCACCGACAGGCAGCACUGCAUUCAACUCGUCUUCAGCAGUGCCAGCACACGGUGGGUUAUCCGCAGACCACGCCCAGCAGGUUGCAUCCAACUCCGCCGUCCCGCUACAGAUGGCACGAAGCAUAGCGGCGGCAAGUUCUGCACCGAUUGGUAUGGUGAUUGCCGCCAACGUUCGCCCAAUCACCCUCGUGACUCCGUCUCCAACUGGACUGGCGCCUCAGCUGGCCAGUGGGACGGGCUUGCACUACCCUGGCGACGGCUUCUUGCCAACUUCGAAUCGCUCAACUGCUGCUGCGGCUGCGGCGGCUGCUGCCUUUCAGCACAAAAAGUCCCGUCUGAGUGCUUCAGGUACUGCUUCUUCCGUGGUGCCGCCGGCAUCUGCAGCUGCUGGGUCGUCCACCUCCAAGCUUGCUGCCAUGAAAACGACAGCUGCUGCAGGCUCUUCUGCUGGUGCCUGGCCUUCUACGACCGCCACCUCCCAGUCACGCGCCGAUUCGAAACCCAGUGCUUUGGUCCGACUUGUGUCGCCAGCCGCUGUUGCUGGUGCUGACUCUGUCCCACCAACGGCCGCGGCGUCCGCUGCUCCCUCCCCAGCCACUGCGCCAUCUGCGGCUGUUGCAGCUGCAACAACUUCUGCAAAGACAGUCGACCCCAUUCUUUCUGCUGCACUCGCAAAAUUGCGAGAAGCGCAACGACAAGAGAAUCAGGAACGACGAACACUGGCUGCAUUCUUUGCCUCUUCCUCCUCGUCGAUCGUAUCAUCUUUGCUUCAGCCUUCGUCGCUCGAUACUCUGAAUCCGUACGCCUAUUCCACGAGCGGACUGCUGCCGCUCUCCACACACUCGGUUGAUGCCGUAAGCUUCAAGCCCGCAUUGCUUGCGAGUGCGACGUCGUCCACGCCCAGUACAGCCGACAAUUUCUCGCUCUUGUUGGCUUCCAAGCUGGCAACCGCUCUGCAAGAGACCGCUUCCCCGCAUCCAAAUCGAGCCGAGGCGGGCGUGUGCAAUUUGCUCGCCCUUUUAGACGAGCGAUUGGCCGCUCAUCGCUACUGCAAUGCAGCCAUGCUUGAAAGCUUUGCUCAAGACCAAUCGAGUCCUGUUGCAACCAUGGCCAAUCUGAACGAAGUUGCGACUUCUGCCCAAACCGCCCUCAAAACCGAACGUGAUGCUCAGACUGCGCUUGUUGUGGCGCAAGCAGAGCAUUCCAUCCAGAGCGACGAGGAUUUGCUUUCCGUACUGCAAGUGCUUGGACCGCUCUUCGAGUCAAGUUUGGUUGUGCGGAUGGCUGUCUUGAGCCAUGCAACAGGUCACAGUCACGCCGUGAUGCCCACCACCACAUCCACUUCUUCGGCGGCUGCUUCUGCUGCUGCUGCCAGCCUCGCCGCUCAUCCGGCGUUUGAGAGCCUCAAAUCGUUCGUGUGUACAACACGCAUUCGCAAGCGAACUCACCAGUCAGCAGAGCACCUCGAAGCUGAUACGCGAGAACCAGUACUGCAACUCCACGAGAGCUUCCGGCCCGUGCAGUUUCCCAAGCAUCUCCUGAUUCGCCUCGUCGUGCUUUUCUCAAUGUGCACAAAUACCAUUGGCUACUUGCAAGCUAGCAGCCCUGCAGAAACGGCGCUCAACUCGACGGCGUCGGUUGCCCCGCCAACCACCGCAGAGGUUGAACAGCGUAGGCGUUGGCAACAGUGCCGCAUCAUUCAUUUGAGAGCCAUUUCGCUCUUGUUGGCAAUGUUCCAAGCCUUGGCGUUUGAUGCGCCUGCGCUCUCGUUGCCAGCGUUCGUGCCUCUCGUCACUUCCGGAGCCGUGUCGCGUUUGUUGCACUUGCUGCAUUUGCAGUGGAUGGUUCAAUCCUACGCAUCUUCUGCAACUAUUUUGUUGGAGAAGGACGCUUCGCAACCGUGCCUGCUCGACAUUCUACUGCGUUGCCAGAAACUUCUUGUCGCGCUUGUUCGAAGUCGAGAUAUGCUGGCCGAGCUUGCGCACCACCGAAUCCACAUUGUUCCAUGCUGGUUCCUCCACUCUGGGACGUGUACCGUUGAGCAUUAUAUUCCUUGCGUGCUCGAUUUGAUAGGCGUUUGUUUGAUUGAGCCGCCAUUGGCCGCGUCGCACGAUGUUGAGGUUCUGAGCGUUAAGGAGGUUGACACGGCACGGAGCAUCCGCUCUGCCAUUCUUGAUUUGCUUGCCGUUCUCGCUGGCCAAGGACGUGGAGGCUUGGAUGUUAUGCUGCAUCAACCUUGUCCCUGUUGUGAAAAGAUCAUGUCGCACCUGAUCAGAUAUCUACAAUCUGUGCUAUACGAGCUUGGAAUGGAUCAUUUGCCUCCUCUGGAUCACUUUUCACAAUCUCAGUUAACAUCGAUUGUACAAGCAGUUUCUCUGCUGCAUGUGCUGGUUGUCAGCGAUCAAGAGUUGAUGGUUCAUGUGCGGUACUCGCGGUUUGCCUUUCUAAUGAUCUGCCAGCAAUUGUUGGGACGGUUUGAAGGCCAAGAUGCGUUCCUAGAAACCGAAGUUCAACUACGAGACUUGAUCGACAUUGUCUUGCCACCACUCGAGGUCGACGACGAGUCCAGUGAUUUGGCGCCCGACGGUGCAAUAGUAGUGCCUGCGAAUCCUGUUGAGAACUCUAGAAUGGAAUUGCAAUAGCGUCUUCUGUUUCAAUGGUACGAUUGAUCAGUCUUUCUUCCAACUGCCAAGAUGCAAUGCGAGUGGGAAGGGUAAUCGUCGCCUCCGUGCAUUUUGUGACUUUUAUCAAACACAUACAAUAGCUUCCGCC